UAUAAAAUUUUUAUCUGUGCACUUUUUCAUCUGUGGUAUUUCCAUCUGUCUGACGAAAGAAAACGACAGGAAGGCUCCUCUUCGGUUGUUGUAGUUGUUUACGACUUUACGAGCAUUGGGAUUGUGUGUUGGCUUCGAACGAAAUGUGUAAAAGGCCGGGGUCGAUGAGCUGCUGGCGUUACCGGGGGAAUCAGUUUAGGAGUGAGUGCGGGCACUAGCCGGGGACAUGUCGGACCGUGGGGGAGUGCGGUCCAGUGCUCGGCUUAGCGGUGAGAGCGGAGCGGCCAUGGCAGCACCGAAUGCGGCCCGCACCGCUCCACAGGGCCGCGGCCGGCCGGUGUCCACGACGGCGGCAGCCGCUCAGCGACGUGCGCGUGCAGCUGAGCGCGCCGCUGAAGUUGAGGACAGCCCACGAGUGCUUCGAGAUAAGUGUCGUCGCCUUGCUCGGGCCCUCCGAAAUGCUAAACAUUUAGUGGUGUACACAGGGGCGGGUAUCAGCACGGCCGCCGACAUUCCCGACUACCGCGGGCCGCACGGAGUCUGGACGCGGCUGCAGCGCGGCGAGACCGUCGGGCGGGUGGAGGUCUCGCGCGCGCAGCCCACCUUCACGCACAUGGCGCUGACGGCGCUCUGGGCGCGCGGCACGCUCAAGUUCGUCGUGUCGCAGAACUGCGACGGGCUGCACCUGCGCGCCGGCCUGCCGCGCCGCGCGCUGGCCGAGCUGCACGGCGACAUGUUCGCCGAGCUGUGCGCGCCCUGUCGCCGCGUGUACCUGCGCGCCUUCGACACCACGGAGCGCACGGCGCGCCACGCGCACGGCACGCGCCGCCUCUGCCACGCCUGCGGCGCCGAGCUGCGCGACUCCAUCGUGCACUUCGGGGAGCGCGGCCGCGCCGCCUGGCCGCUCAACUGGGCCGGCGCGCUGCGCCACGCCGCGCGCGCCGACGUCGUGCUGUGCCUGGGCUCCAGCCUCAAGGUGCUGCGCCGCUACCCGCGCCUGUGGCGCAUGCAGAGCGCGCCGCGCGCCCGGCCCGCGCUCUACAUCGUCAACCUGCAGUGGACGCCCAAGGACUCGGUGGCGGCGCUGAAGAUCAACGCGCGCUGCGACGCCGUGAUGCAGCAGGUGGCGCGGCGCUUGCGCCUGCGCGUGCCCCGGUACCGCGCCGCGCUCGACCCCGUCCUGGCGCACGCCGAGCCGCUCGCCGACGCCGAGGCGCACACCACGCGCCGCGAGCCGCUGCAGGCGCCGCGCGACGCGCCCGACGCCCGCGCCGACCACUGGGAGCCCUCCUCGCCCUCCGCCUCCGACUCCGACGAGGAGCUGCCGCUGCGCCACCUGGCGGCGCGCCUGCGGGCGGAGGCGGCCGAGCCCGCGCCCGAGUCCGCCGCCGAGCCCGCGCCCUCCUCCGCGUCCGGGCCCGCGCCCGCCGCCGCCGCGCCCCCGCCCGCGCCUCCACCUAACGGACAAACAGACUGCUUUCAUUCCUUUCAGGUGAGCUUACACUCUGGCGAGGCCACCAUACUACUGCGCGCCGAGCACGCCGAGCACGGCGAGCACGCCGAGCACGGCGAGCUCGCCGAGCGCGCCCAGCCCGACCUGGAGCUGCUGCGCGCGCGAACCCGCGACCUGCGCCGCUUCCGCAUGCAGCGCGCCGCGCCCGUGCACUCCCGUCUGCGGCGACUGCUCGAGUACGAGCCCCGCAUACAGCGCGACGCCGACGACGACAAGCCCGGCGACGCCGAGCUCCGGCCCAAGCUGGAGGACGAGACGCGCGUCAAGGACGAGCCGCGCAUCAAGGACGAGCAGCGCGUCAAGGACGAGCCGAAGGAGGAGGCCGGCACGUCGGAGGCGGCGGGGUCGCUGGCGGCCGCCAUCAUCCGGCGCGCCGUGCUGCUGUGCCGCGCGUCGCUGUACCCCGGGCUGCACACCAUCAUCGCGCCGCCCGAGCGGCCGGCGGCGGAGUGCGCGUGGUGCGCGCGCCAGUUCGCGGCGCGGCGCUGCCUGUGGUACGGGCCGCCGCGCGCGCCGCCGCCCGCCGCCCGCGUCUGGCGCCGCGCGCGCGGCCGCCGCUACCUCUGCGCCUGCUGCGGCGGGCCCGACGCGCCGCGCGCCGACGCCGACGACGGCGGCUGGUACGGCAAGGGCUACCGCAAGGGCCGGCGCCGCCGCAGGUAG